AUGCCGAAAAAAUUCAAAGGGGAAAAUUCAAAGGCUGUUGAAGCCAAAAUUCGAAAGGAUGCCAUGAAGCAGGCAGAGGCUGAACAAGUUGAAAAGGCAAAAGAAGAUGCCAUGUGGGAAGAUGACGAUAAACACAUUGCUAAAAAACAGCAGAGAAAGGAAGAGAAGGAGAAGAAAAGGCAGGAGCUGCUGGAGCGUAAGAAAACACUGCAGCAACUUCAUGAGGAGGAAAUGGACAGCAUUAAAGGGGCCAAGUCUCAAGCAGCCAGACUGACACGCGCACAAAUCAUUGAAAACCAAGAAAGAAUGGCUGCAGCCGCUGAAGCUGCCAAAGCUAAGGAAAAAUUGACUCAUGUUGAGAUUCCAUUAGAAGAGAAUGUGAACAGACUGGAGACAGAGGGAGAUGAGGCCAGAACUGUGGAAGAAGCUAUUUCUGUGUUGAGUGUUGGAAGCGAGCCUGUAGCAGACAGGCACCCGGAGAAGAGAAUGAAGGCAGCCUAUGCAGAAUUUGAAGAAUCUCGUCUGCCACUUUUGAAGCAAGAAAAUCCAAAUAUGCGUCUAUCUCAGCUGAAACAGCUUCUGAAAAAAGAAUGGAUGAAGUCGCCACUCAAUCCCAUGAACCAGAAACAUGAAAUAUACAACACCAAAACAUAA